GCGGUUUCUACGGAAACCACUGAGGGAUUAUUUAUUUACACCGGUUUAUAUUACGCUCCCUUGGUUGAAAUGACAUUUAUAUCAUUUGUUAGUAAUGCGUUUUACACUGAUAAUUAACUUUUUUUUAAAAAAAACGCGGAUGGUAGGUGUGUGGUGAAUCUGCUGCUGUGAAACUUUUGUCACUUCCUACAGUGCUACAGGCUUCUUUGUGUCUGUCGACACAGCGCUUCCUGCUCGCUCGCGCACAGACACACAAAGUAUUUUGUUUUUUGGGUUUUUAUUAUUUUUUUUUUUUGUUAUUUUCUCGCGUUCUUCAUCCUGAAACAAUGUGGCCCGGUGCGGUGUUGCCCGGCGGCACCCUGCUGCUGCUGUGUGUGUAGCGACAUGGAGGAGCCCUGGGACCUGGAGCUCGUGUCCCGCCUCGCGGACGGAGUGCUCUCCUUCCUGUCCGCGUUCGCCGAGGACUGGGCGGCCAACGACAUGAGGGUGGCCCUCUUCAAAAUCCUCCUCGGCUGGCUCGUCCUCAGCCUCGUCGCCAUCCACUUCGCGUGGAAAGUGUACGGGAGCACUGUGAACGACAUGUACUACAGGCUGGGUACUGGGGGUCAGAAUGGAGGCACUCCGGACACAGCCCCACACCUCAGCGGCUGGUAGGUGUCCUGCCUUGUGCGCAGCCAGGGAGAGUAUGACUGGAGAUGGCUUCAAGACCCACCGAGAAUGACAAGCAAGAUUCCACCCAGGUCCAGCCAGCGGGACUGCAUCGUCCCACCUUUUAGACCCGCCAGUCACGAGGGAUUUCUCCACGCUGUGCCUGGACUAUAAUGAUUUUUUUUGUUCUUGUUUCUGGGGUUGUGUGACACCUGUCCAGAUCUGAGGUCAAACUCUGGACAUGCAGACCAUUUAAGAAAAGAAAAUUGAGCUACACAGAGACACCCUGUAAAGUGAAGUUUACACCCUGUGUACAGGCAGGUUGGUGGGUCAGCUGUGACAGUCAGCUCUUGGGGUAGAUGGUUGUGCAGUUCUGUGUUCUGGCUUUGACUGUCUUCAGCUUUCAGUGGAAGGUUUACUUAUGACAGAUGAAUUAAUCUAUAAGUAGUCAUCACUGUUCAAGCAGAAUUUAGAAUUCUGCUUAUGUAAUAUUAAGUCUUAAAUUCAAUGUAUUCUAUGAAGUAAAUAAGGGAGAGUUUCUGGAUAUGGACAACUCAGCAAGAAGACUGAUUAUUCAAUCCAUAUACCAUACCAUUGCUAUAGUUUGAACCAGACCCAAAUCAGUGCAAGAACAUAGAGUCAGUGGCACAGGAAUCUUAAACUGUCCACUUGUGAUGGACCAGUUUUGUGAAAUGGCUUGCUGGAAAACAUAAGUCCAAACGUGGAAUAUCCUUUGUCAAGAGGACCACGAUGUGGACACUUGCUGGUAGAGCCUCCACAGCUUGCCACUAAUUCCAUCAUCUAUGGAUAUUGAAUUGUGUUGCUUUUUGAGUGUGAAAUGGUGUGACACCAAAAUACAAUGUUCAGUGUGGUUGGAUUGAUUUCUGUAAAACAUUAAUGGUCUAACUUGUAAUUAUGUAAUCAGGUAUCUGCUGCGAUCCUGAAUUUCAUCCGUGGCAGGAAGAACGGAGGUGUACUUUACUAAAUAAGCUUCUUAAUAAACAAUAUUUAACU